AUGACUGUGGAAGUGGGGAAUGGGGUAGCUGUCCAGGAGCUCACCCUAGAGGGCUUUCCUGCUGUCCAGCACCUGGGGGAGGUUCUCUCCUCCGUGCACCUGCUGGCAUACCUGGCCUCCACCAUGGGAAACGCAGUCAUUGUUGCCCUUGUCUGUGCUGAUGCCCGUCUCCAGACACCCAUGUUCUUUCUCCUCAGUAUUUUCUCCUUUAUGGAGUGUUGUUUCACGAGUGCUGUUAUUCCGAAGUUACUGGUUAUAUUUCUUUUAGGUCAACAAACAACUUCCUUUGCUGCCUGUUUCAUACAAGCCUUUGCUUUUCUGUUUCUUGGGGCAGCAGGCCUCCUCCUCAUAGCUGUGAUGUCACUGGAUGGGUAUGUGGCCAUCUGCAAGCCUCUGCAUUACUUCACCAUCAUGAACCUGAGGACUUGCUUCCUCCUGGUCAUGGCCUGCUUUGCUAUGAGCUUCACCCUCAUCACUGGGCUAGUGGUGAAGGUGUCCCACUUAUCCUUCUGUGGCCCCCGUGUCAUCCCUCACUUCUUCAGUGACCCUGGCCCACUGAUCCACUUGUCCUGUUCUGACACCAGAUCUGCUGAAAUGCUGGCCUUCUGUUUUGCUUUGUCUUUCCUUCUCACAUCGCUUGUUGUAGCUAUCUUUGCAUACAGCAACAUAGUCAUCACAAUUGUGAAUCUCCCAACAGCCAAGGAGAGACAGAAAGCUUUCUCCACCUGCUCCUCCCACCUAGUCCUCUCUCUGAUGUACAGCAGCUGUUUCUUUAUAUAUGUGAAACCUAAUCAAAGGAGCAGGCUGGACUCCAACAGAGAGGCUGCUCUUGUCAACACUGUGGUGACACCCCUGCUGAACCCUGUCAUCUACACCCUGCGCAAUAAGCGGGUCCACCAGGCUCUGAAGAAAAUGAUAAGUAGAAUAAAAACAUCAAAAUAG